AUGUUCCGGAUAACUUUGAACGCUGCCUAUGUGACCUGCCUCAUUUUAGUUUUUAACUCAGCGAUUGUGGUCACAGAGGUCUAUGAUGGGCCGAUAGACCGCGAAUCUGUCCCUUCAAGCAGAAAGAAUUUCACGUCCACUUAUCGUUCUAUUUUCCGGGAUGUCACUGACACAGGCCACCCAUACGUCUUGUACGCAUCGGAUAGGAAACAUUUGAGGGAGAGAGAUAUUCUUCCGUGCUGCUCAUUUGUCGGCAUGGCUGUGCUGGAUUGUCGGCUAUUACCGGAAAAUAAGACCGGAAAAAGCCGGGGUGGUCAUUACACGAUUGCCAUACCGCUUUCGGCGCGUUACUGA